AUGGCAGAAGAGUUCAAGGGCGGCAAAGCCGCAAAGUCAGGAUUCCGAGAGUUGACCACCAAACUCGACAUUGCUGUCAAGUACUGCUCAAACUGGGUCUUCGAGUGGACUCCCUUCAUCCUCACAAUUUGCUACUGGGUAGCAUCGAUUUGUUUCUAUGUCUCUUGCGACGAAGGAACGAUCAAGGGAUUUUACUACUUUUUCAUGGUUAUCAACUUCUACAUUGCUGCCUGUACAGUGAUUGAGGCCUUCUUGGGAAUUUCACCACUUCGCGAUGCGAGAGCGGCUGCCAUCCGCGUCAACGCCUGCGGAGAGUUCCCCACUCCCGACGAACUCUUGCCAAUCCUCGACAUUCUCAUUGUCGCAUAUUUGCCCAACGAGCAGGACAUUGUCAAGGAUCAAGUCAACUAUGCACUCGAGGAAAUUGUCUACCCUCGCGACAAAUUGCGCAUCAACCUUGUUUACAACACUCCCAAGCCAAUCGAGCCUCUGGAGACCGAGCUGCUGGAGAUGGAAAAGCAGCACGGUGGUCUUCUUCGUGUGACCAAGGUCGUCGGCUCAAAGUCAAAGGCUGACAAUCUCAACUUUUACUUUACUCUCGACACUGGUGCUGAGAUCAUUGCCGUCUUCGAUUGCGAUCAUUUCCCUCACCCUUACAAUGCUCGCUGGGCUGCUGAACGUUUCAUUGCCGAUCCUACCGUCGACAUUGUGCAAGGCAGAUGCAUUGUCUACAACGUCAAGGAGACCUUCUUCACCCGCAUGAUUGCUCUCGAGUUCGACAAGAUCUACGCUGUAUCGCAUCCCGGUCGUUCGCGUCUGUUCAGCUUCGGUCUUUUCUGUGGUUCCAACGGUUACUGGAAGGCAGAAUUGCUACGUGGUCACCAAAUGCACGGUCACAUGCUUUGCGAGGAUAUCGACUCUGCCCUCAGAGCUUACGGAGAAGGCAAGAGAGCUGUUCACGACAUGAACGUCAAGUCUUAUGAAAUGGCACCCACUUUCUGGAUGGCUUUCUGGAAGCAGCGUAUGCGUUGGACUCAAGGUUGGACCCAAGCUUCCAUUCGCCAUCUUCCUAUGAUCUGGAACAACCCUCCUGGUGGCAGUCGUACUUUGAGCGAGCGCUACGGUCUUAUCUCUCUUCUCAUCGUCCGUGAGAUGAGUUAUUAUCUUGUCACCCAACACACUUGUCUUCUGUUCAGUUUCCUCAUCACUGGCUGGCCCAAGAGCUCUGGUGAACUGGCCAGAUUGAUCUUCUUCCGCUACGCCUUGUCCGAAUGGUUCCUCUUCCUCACAGUCGGCAGUUUGAUUGUGACGCUAUGGAUCACAGAGAUCGUGCGAUCUGAGUUUACCUCCAUCUUCGACAUGUUCCUUUUCUCCGCUAUUUACAUUCCCUACCUCAUUCUUCAGGGUACAAUGGGUAUCUAUGGACACUUCCGUGAGAUCAUCGGCUACUCGUCUUGGAACCCUACUUCAAGAAAGUAG